GAAUCAUAUGAUUAAAUGGGUGGCGCUGAAUUUGACUUGCAAUUUAUUAUUGCCUAUGUUGAUAUUGAUAUUGACAUCUCCUUGUGCUAUAUAAUGUGGAGACCGUUAUCAUAUGUAUCAUCAGAAUCAGAAUCAGAAUCUUAAUCUUGGUGGGGUGUUUCAAUUUCAACCAAUUGGGUUUGGGCUGAUAACAUGAUGAUUCGAUUUCCAUUGGUGGUUCUUGUAUUGAUAAUUGGUACCUUGAGAUGCAGAAUGGCCAAAGCAGAAUCAAAUCCUGAUUCUGGGAACGGGUACACGCUGGCUUCGGUGAGGGAGGCUUUGGUUAGGCAAGAGGAUACAAUCAUUUAUGGUCUUAUUGAGAGAGCCAAGUUCCCUAGCAAUUCUCACACCUAUGAUCAAAACUAUGCUCAAAUCCAAGGGUUUUGUGGCUCAUUGGUGGAAUUUGUUGUUAAGAAUACAGAGGCCCUUCAAUCUCAGGCUGGAAGAUACAAAAACCCUGAAGAAAACCCAUUCUUCCCAGAACAUUUGCCACCAUCAAUUGUGCCAUCUUACCCCUUCACACAGAUUUUGCAUCCUAGAGCUGCUUCAAUUAACAUAAACAAGUCCAUCUGGAAUAUGUAUUUCCAAGAGUUACUUCCAUUGCUUGCUACUUCGGGUGAUGAUGGUAACUACGCACAAACUGCAGCUAGUGAUCUUUCAUUAUUGCAGGCCAUCUCUAGAAGGAUUCAUUAUGGAAAAUUUGUAGCUGAGGUAAAAUUCAAGGAUGCUCCUCAAGACUACGAGCCUUUAAUUCGAGCUAAGGACAGAGAAGGGUUGAUGAAAUUAUUGACAUUUACAAGUGUUGAAGAGACGGUGAGGAAGAGGGUUGAAAAGAAGGCAACGGUAUUUGGGCAGGAAGUAGGUCUUAACAGUGAUGAUGUUGGCAAUGAAAAACGUAAGUUUGAGCCAUCAGUGGCUUCUGAGUUGUACCAAAAAUGGGUAAUACCUCUUACCAAGGAGGUUCAGGUUGAAUACCUCUUGCACCGUCUAGACUGAAGCCAUUUCAAUGCACUUUGAAUGUAAAAGAAUAUCAUGUUGUUGUUCAAUUGAUUAAGCUCUCAACUGAUCCUUUAUUGCCAAUUUCGUGUAGCUGUUGAUUCAAAAAUAAUAUUUGUAGCUUUAGACUAUUAAUUACCUUUAUUUCCCCGACUUAAUUUAUUAUAAAAAAGGAUAGAUGCACGAAAA